AUGGGCGUGUUUAAUUUACCAAAGAAGAUUCGCGAAGAAUGCGAAGUUCUACACUUGACAGAUAAACAGACCAAGGAGAUUAUGAGCAGACUCCACAAUGAUCUGGUCAAAGGACUUGGAAAAGAAACACAUGCCAAUUCCAUUGUCAAGUGCUGGAUCACUUACAUUCAAGAUUUACCCAAUGGAAAAGAACGCGGUAAAUUCCUCGCUCUGGAUUUAGGAGGAACUAAUUUCAGAGUAUUAAUUAUAAACUUAGGAGCAAAUCACUUUGAUAUGCAGUCCAAAAUUUAUGCUAUUCCAAAUCAUAUUAUGACUGGUACAGGUGUCGCCUUAUUUGAUCACAUAGCUGAAUGUUUAGCUAACUUUAUGAAGGAGCAUGAGGUUUACGAAGAAAGACUAGCCCUCGGAUUUACGUUUAGCUUCCCUCUUAAACAAUUGGGACUCACAAAAGGAAUUCUGCAGCGAUGGACAAAAGGCUUUUCUUGUUCUGGCGUAGUAGGAGAGGAUGUCGUUCAAGGUCUCAAGGAUGCGAUUGCUAGACGAGGGGAUGUUCAAAUUGACAUUUGCGCUAUUCUGAAUGAUACAACGGGUACAUUGAUGUCAUGCGCGUGGAAAAACCACAACUGCAAAAUAGGACUCAUCGUUGGUACUGGAAGCAAUGCUUGUUACGUAGAGAAGACAGAAAACUGUGAAAUGUUUGAUGGUGAACCUGGAAAACCUGAACUUCUUAUAAAUACUGAGUGGGGUGCAUUCGGAGACGAUGGAGCACUGGACUUCGUCCGCACAGAGUUCGACCGCGAAAUCGAUAACAAUUCCAUCAAUAAAGGAAAACAAAUACAAGAGAAGAUGAUCUCUGGCAUGUACAUGGGAGAGUUGGUUCGCUUAGCGCUAGUAAAGUUCACAAAGAUGGGACUACUGUUUGGAGGACGCGGCUCAGACCUGUUAUUCCAGCGUGGAAGCUUCUACACCAAAUACGUAUCAGAAAUCGAGUCGGAUAAACCAGGAGACUUCACCAGUUGCAUGGAAGUGUUGGAAGAACUUGGUCUAUCUCACGCGACGGAGGCUGACAUGGCUGCAGUGCGCCACGUGUGCGAGUGCGUGUCGAGGCGCGCGGCGCACCUGGUGUCGGCGGGCAUCGCCUGCCUGCUCAACAAGAUGAACGAGCCCCGCGUCACCGUCGGCAUCGAUGGCUCCGUCUACCGUUUCCACCCUCAUUUCCACACACUCAUGUGCGAAAAGAUCGCGCAACUUGUACGGCCUGGCAUCCAGUUUGACCUGAUGCUGUCAGAAGACGGUAGUGGUCGUGGUGCCGCCCUAGUAGCUGCAGUGGCCUGCCGCCAGAGUGGCUCCGUCGCGUAG